AUUCUCCCUCCAGGACUCCAGUGUUGGUGGGAUCUGAUGAGUUCGAUAAGUGUCUCAGCAAUGACAAGUAUUCUCAUGAAGAGUACAGUAAUGGAGCACUUUCAGUUCUACAAUAUCCGUAUGAUAACGGUUAUUACUUGCCCUAUUACAAAAGAGAGAGAAAUAAACGUAGCACCCAGAUCACUGUUCGAUUUUUUGAUGAAACAAAUUACAAGAACAUUCGUAAAAAAGAUCCUGUUCUUCUGCUUCACUGGUGGAAAGAAAUUGUCGGCACCAUUGUAUUUUGCAUUGUGGCCACAACUUUUAUCGUACGCAAACUUUUCCAUCCCCAUCCUUACAGCAGACUGCGAAAGGAAUCUGAAACACAGUGUCAGACUGAUAGCAAAUAUGAGCCCACUUGUGGAGACGUUAAAGACAGCAGCUGGAGCGACGUCAAGAACUGUGGAUAUGUGUCAAGAUACCUGACAGAUUUUGAACCAAUUCAAUGUCUGGGUCGUGGAGGUUUUGGAGUAGUUUUUGAAGCCAGAAAUAAAGUGGAUGACUGCAACUAUGCUAUCAAAAGGAUCCGUUUACCUAACAGGGAGCUGGCUCGUGAAAAGGUGAUGCGGGAAGUCAAGGCGUUAGCUAAACUUGAGCAUCCAGGUAUUGUUCGGUAUUUCAACGCGUGGCUGGAAGCUCCACCUGAGAGAUGGCAGGAGAAGAUGGAUGAACAGUGGUUAAAAGAUGAAAGCACUGAUUGGCCCCUCAGUUCUCCCAGUCCGAUGGAUGUCCCGUCAUUUAAGAUCAGAACAGAGCCAUUUUCAACAAAGGAGCAUGUUGAAGUUAUUGCCACUUCGUCAGAGAGGGAAAGGUCCGUGGGAAUACCCUGUGGUCAGUCUGAUUCAUCCGGAAGCCAGUUUUCUCCUCUGGAAUUUUCCGCCACGGACAACAGGGACUUACACCAGUCAGAAGAUCCGCUAUUAAACCUUCAGGACAGUGUCCUUACAGGCUGUGAUGUAGAAGACAGUACUAUCAACAAUAAAGAGCUGGGUCACUCCGUGGAAAUUUGUUCUUCAGCUGUUUCUGUUGUACACCUGAGGGAAGGGACCUCCUCUUCUAUUGUGUUUGAGGAUUCUGGUUGUGGAAAUGCUUCUAGUAAGGAAGGUAGAGUUAAUGUUUCACAUGAUGAGAGUCUUUCUGAGGACAAGGCAAAAAGUACAAAAGAAUCUGAUAACAAGAAAUCUGCUUCAGGAAGUCCCCUCUCUGUUUCUCCACCAAGGCCCACAAGCUUAAGCCUGGACCUUUCCAAAAAUAUUACAGAAAAAGUCAAACCCGCCUCUCCAAAGGUGUAUCUUUACAUCCAGAUGCAGCUGUGCCGGAAAGAGAACCUUAAAGACUGGAUGAGCAGAAGAUGCAUGAUAGAGGAGAGGGAAAGGACAGAGUGUCUGCAGAUAUUUCUGCAGAUAGCUGAAGCGGUUGACUUUCUGCAUAGCAAAGGAUUAAUGCACAGGGAUCUCAAGCCUUCCAAUAUAUUUUUCACAAUGGAUGACAUAGUAAAGGUUGGAGAUUUUGGACUGGUAACUGCUAUGGACCAAGAUGAGGAGGAGGAGUCGGUACUUACCCCAAUGCCAGCUUAUGCCAGGCACACAGGACAAGUAGGGACCAAACUCUACAUGAGCCCAGAACAGAUCUGUGGGAACACCUAUUCGCACAAAGUGGAUAUCUUUUCUUUGGGACUGAUUCUCUUUGAGCUGCUUUACCCUUUCAGCACACAGAUGGAGAGGGUCAGGACCUUAAGUGAUGUUAGGAAUUUGAAGUUUCCACUGUUGUUCACUCAAAAGUAUGCACAAGAGUACACCAUGGUGAAGGACAUGCUCUCUCCGAGUCCCACUGAAAGACCAGAGGCUGCAGCAAUCAUAGAAAAUCCUGUAUUUGAAGACUUGGAACUCCCACCAAAACCAGUGCUUAGGCAGAGGUCACGGACAAUGAGUCUAUCAGGAAACAAGCAUUCCAGACAACCAAGCAAAUAA